AUGAAGGAACUUUUCAUCGCAGUUCUUGUUCUCUUCCUCAUGGAUCCUUUAGUGGCUAAAGAAGCUGCUCCGAAGGUUCAGGUGUACAGCCGUGGACCAGGGCAUUACGGCAAAGACAACACUUUGAUUUGCCACGUGAGUGGCUUUCACCCACCAGAAAUUUCCAUUGAGCUUCUGAAGGAUGGACAGGAAAUCCCUGGGUCCAAGCAGACCGACCUGGCUUUUGAGGAGAGCUGGCAUUACCAUCUUACUAAGCAUGUUCCUUUCACCCCAAUGUCUGGAGAGAACUUUGUUUGCAGAGUGACUCACAUGGGAAAGAAAAAGGAAUACACCUGG